AUGAAUGUUCCAAUGAUACCGAAAUAUGUAGUGAAAAUAGAGAAGGAACAAUGUAUAAACUUUUUCGAUCCCGGUGGCCUUAAAGUAAACAAGGUAUACUUAAUUAAUACAUUCGAUGGUUGUCUAACUCUUUGGGAACAUCCCGACUGUCUGGGCGAAUCGAGGAAAUCCUCGUUUCGGAUGGUAACAAAUGCCAGCAACUUGGAAAUGAAGGACGGAAGGAGUUGUGGCAAUCAUAUUUCUUCCAUAAGUUAUUGUUCUAGUAAUGUGUGGGAAAUAAUUAAUGCCAAAUAUACAAUAUGUGCUAAGACUACGUGGAAGUCUGAUGCUGAUUGUGCAGAAGACAACUGCAGAAAUCAAUCAGCAUCAGUACCUGGUCGACGAAAAGACGAGGUUUUAAAAUCAGCAUCAAUUUUAUUCAAACAUGGAAAAGCGCUGGGCAAAGAUACAAAGUCGGGUACAUCUAAGACAGGCAGAAUCUGUCCCAAUGGUGAAAUAUUCUGCCGACGUGAUGCUGCAUGUGUCCCAAUAAAUAGCUUUUCAAAUUGUAAGGAUACAGAAAGCGAAGUUACUGAGGAAAAUACUGCAGGAAAAUCAAGUAAUAUGUUUAGCAUUCAAAACCCUAAUAACAAUGUGCCCAAUUUGAUAAUCCAAUCCUGUCUUUCUGCCAAUUCCACAGAUCGAACUGAUAGUUCGUGGAAUCAAUUCAGUACAGAGAACAUCAUAUUUACCCUUGCUGGGAUAACCAUAUUCGUAAUUCUCAUCGCAGUUGCUUUUAAAAUAUUCACUAAAAAGAAAAGGAAACCUUCACGUGAUCCAAAUUCAGGCAGCCCGCCCUCAGCAGACUUAACCUUACUCCUUCCACCACAUCCAGCAACCCCAUUGCGAUCCCAAUGGGCAGCUGAUACUUCUGUAGUCUGCGUUUCCCUCUUGGGCAAAGGAUCAUUCGGAAAGGUGUAUCAGGCUGAAGAUCUCUCCGCCAUUGUUUCCCCGACUGGAUACGCUAUCAAAUGCAUCGACAUGAUACAAACGAUAGGAUUCAGUGAUGACGAUUCAACCAAUGUCACCAACACGGUUCUCACCACUACCAGAACCAAUGUUCAUCUGCAAAAAUAUGUUACCCUUUUACUCAACGAGAUACAAAUAAUGGACCAACUAACAUGCGAUCAUGUAGUACGGUACUACGGGUGCUGGGCCGAGAACAGAGAGAGUAGUCAGUUACUAUUAAAUAAGGCUAGCUUAGAAAAAUUUAUUCAGGGACUUCUUGACAAUUUUGGCGAUGCCGUAUCAUCCGCUACAAAUGGUUCAGGAAUGAGUCAAAUAUUUAUAAAGAUGGAGCUCUGCUAUACUACUUUGAAACAUUAUUUAGAGAACUGGUUUAUAAUUGGGGAUGAAGUUAGCAUUCUUAAACAAGUCGCGGCUGGAUUGCGCUACGUGCAUGAAAAACUGUUUAUCCAUCGAGAUAUAAAACCAGGGAAUAUAUUUUGUAAGGUUGGACCUUCGGGUGAUUUGACAUGGAAAAUUGGCGACUUUGGUUUAGCAGUGAAAUGUAAAAAUGGUGGGAACAUAGGCGCAGCAGGGACACAUCUUUACCAAGGUCCGGAAUUGAGGAAGCAUACAAAUUAUACUAUUAAGACAGAUUCCUAUAGCUUGGGUUUAGUUGGUCUAGAAAUCAUACACAGCACGAGGAAAUCCUUUAAUAGGUUUGAGGUUUUCACUGAAUUACGUGGAUUAGGAGAUGCAGAUCGUCGGAGGUUUUUGAAUGUUUGCUCAGCCGGGAAAUUUAAAAAUUUGGCGAAAAUUAUUAACAAAUUACGUGUUGUGGAUGCAGAGAGUCGUUUAUGCUCUAGAGAAUUGUACGAUUUAUUGGAAUUAAAAUAAACAGGAACAUCGGUUCAACAUUUUAUAUACUUUGUACGGUUUACAAUUCCAAUUUCAAUUACAAUUCCUUUUCCAUUUAAUUUGAAUUAAUCUAUACAUUAAUUUAGAUUGUUAUGAAUAUACAUAAUCGAGGAACAAAUCUGUGUUCCACAAUUUCAUUGUUGUUUUUCGUGUAUUCAAAUAUACGAAUGAAUCAGAAUUCAUGAUGAAAUUAAAUAAAUAAAGUUAGUACCUCAGUUUUCAAGUUUUUCAAUAUAAAAAAAUAAAACACGCCAGGGUAUUUUUGUAGCUUUAUUAAAACAAUUUUGCACUUGUUUUGUUUAAUUGCUUAGCAUGUUUGUUAUAUUUUGGCGCGCCUGCAAAAAGUUUGAAAACCAAAACGUGAAUAAAUAAAUCUGUCUUCUUCCUUGAUUGGAUUUUAUUCACACCAGGUCUUAUACAGUCAAAAAAUUCGGGAAAUGUACAAAUUGAGUUUAUCGUCCAGGCAAGUCUCAACUAUUUAAAAAGUGUUAUGGAUAUACAUAUUUCUAGACAUAUUGGUACAUCUUUAUUGCAAAGUACUCAAUAUCUUACACAUUAUAAUGAAAUGUUAUCGUGGUAAAUAUGUAAUGUAUUAAACAAAUUCACAAGGUUGAUACAUAUUUUUGAUAAGUGUUAUCCUACAUAUGUACAUAGCACGUAUUCACAGUAGCUAUCUACAUACGUCAACAAUCAAUAAUUAACUGUCAGUCGAGGAAUUAUUUUCGUUAAAACAAUCCAAAGAUAAAUACAUCAAUGUCAAAGUGUGCCAACUUUA